UACCGAACUUGGAACAUUACCGGAAUUCAUUUCGCAGAAAAGGUUGUGGUUAUUCAUCGUGUUUUUCGUUUGUCUCAUGACGUAGUCACGUGUGAUGUAGAUCGCGACAUUUCGACUGCAUACUGCUAAUCUUCUUCAGGCAAAACCAAACAACAGUGCCGAACCCGCCAAAGAGUUCAAAGCUACUGCGGUUUUACCUUAUGUCAAAGGUCUGUCCGAACAGCUUCGACGUUGCCUAAGACAACAAGGCGUACGCGCUAUUUUCAAGUCGGAGACUACGCUAAGAUCUCAGUUGGUACGACCAAAAGACGCUGGCCACCCGGCUAAACAAGAUGGCGUAGUUUACAAGAUUCCCUGUGAAUGCGGCAAGGUGUACAUCGGAAAGACUGGAAGACCUAUGCAGACAGAAUUUAGGAGCACGAUCGAGACAUUCGACUCGCCCGUACCGAGACCUCCGCCGUUUGAGAGCAUGCCCACAACACCGGACACAAGCCACUCUGGAACGAAGCAAAGUUUAUUGAUUGUGACCCAUAUUACUACACGCGCAGGGUCAAAGAGGCAAUUCAUAUAAGACUUAACCCUAACAACAUAGUGGAUAGUGGAAUAGAAAUUUUAGAAGCGAAGAAACCCACGAUAAAAAAAAACACAACAACAGGAGAGCCGUGCGACAGCGGACCGCCGAGGGAGCAAAUCAUUGAGUGA